AUGGAAGAGCAAGCACAGGAUGUGGCCCUCGACUUGGAGUCUUCCUGGAGCGAUGAAGACAACAGCAUCAUAUUCGAGCCCAGGAGUGACCAUGACCCAGACCACAUCCUGUACGAGCUCAGCUCAGAUUCUGACGAUGAAGUGAUAGGGGUGAGGAGAGUACCUUGGGGGUGUGAAGGCCGGCCUAGUUCCCCGGCCGAUGAGGAAGAGGACAUUGCCCUGGGCCUUGAAACCCACCUCAACAUUGAGCCGCAGACAUCUAACCUGGAGACCCCGGGCACCCGCAGGUACCUGUCCCAAUCCCUGUCCUCAGAAAGAGGCGCCGCCGAGCUUUCCUCCAUGUGGGCGGAUGCAAAAUUGAGCCCCAGCCGGAAGAGGGCACCUGCCCAGAGCCAUGUGAAACGGCAGCAAGGUUUUAUCACUCCUGUCUACUCCUGUGGGCCCAGUAGAGGCCAACGCUGGAGGAACGUGAAGGGCAACAACAAAGGCAGGGUAAUGGCCAGCAGGGCUGCCCACUGGCCCUCCCAUGACACCAACCCUGACUCCAAGUCUUUACAUGAGUUCAGUAAGGUCCAGCCCGCAAGGAUGAAUGUUUCCCACAAGGGAAGAGGCCAGGCCAGGUUCAGCUGCCCCAGGGAACCAGGAGAUGCGGCCAGAUACUCGAAUAUCCGUGCCCAGGUGAGUGUCCCUCACUUACAGGGCACUCCGAUGACUUUUGCUUCCCGAAGACUUGCCUCAAAUACGGGAAAGCAGUCGUCAAGAGAGCUGGGUGCGUCUUCCUCUAAAAAAAUGCAAAAUAUGGCCUGGGCCAAGGGAGAGGGCAGGCCCAGCCGCCCAGGAGCAGGUCCUGUUGCAGGAAGCGUUUCCAGGGCCACAACUUCGAAGAAGGAGACCCAAGAGAAGAAAUCUCAGGGUGGUGGCUCAAGAGUUAUCCUGGGGAGAGCUUUCCCUUUAUGGGGGCAGAAUGUCAGAGAUGCUCCCCUUGAACCAGCCGCCUUCCCACAAAUCAUGGGUAUUCAGAUACUUGGGAAGUCCAAGACGUUUUCUUUGCUGCCCUCGGGAUCCAAGCAAGGGGCCACUGGAAAAAGAUCCCCAGCCAAGAAAGUAAGAGAGCCCCAGCCUGGGGCUGGAGAAGAUAAAGGCCCAAAUAGUGAUUCUGCCCUACAGACCAAACUUUCAACACACAAGCCAGGACCACAUUCCCUGAGCAUGCAUCGCAGAGAAUUUGUCCACGUUGAAGUUGACACCAGAGCUCCCGAAGCUCCAGCAGCCUCCCAGCCCUUGACUGCGAGCCAAGGAGGCCUCCCACCCAGAAGCUCUACACUCACUGGUGACCAGGAACCAACUGUGCAGUCUCCAACUCUGGAAAGGCAGCAGCCACCCCCUGGAGCACAGGGAUGUCCCCGGUGCCUUGUGCUCCAGAAAGAAAUAGAUGACCUCAAAGAGCAACUAGCGGUCCUGCAGUUCCUCGCUGAUAAGUUCCAGACCCUUUAAAAUGGAAACCAGCAUCUUCACCGAAGACUGACAGCCAAUACCUGUGGAAUCCCGGAGCUGAAGUCAAGCUCUCUCCCUUCCCUUCUUCAUCCAGGGCCUCCUCUCUGCCCCACUUUUGCCCCUUGCUCACCCCAGUUGACAACGUCAAAUUAAAGUACCUCUCAUGU